CUGUCGUACGUUGCAUCUUUUGCACGCCUCGAACACGAAGCGGAGAGAUUGUUUUUUAUAACCGACUAGUCAAGGUCACACGAUUUUUUUAAAUAUAUAUAUUUUUAUAUUAAUAAUAUAUCGUUAAUUUAUUUAAAGUUACAGUACUGGUAAUUGCUCGCAAUUAAUUAUAAAGUUUGUCAAUAAUUAAUUAGAUUUAAAUAACAAAAUUUAAUUACAACGGUAAAUUUUUUUAGAGGUUAAUAUUAUAUUAUAUUUUAGAGGUUAAUAUUCAUAGGGAUAUUUUUGAAUUUAAAUAGAGAUUAAUUGUUUAUACGAAUUAUUGAAAUGGGAUCAAAUUGGGAGGACUUUUAUGCGAAUCUUCCCGCACCUAGAGAUUUAGAUAACAGCAUUGAGUUGUUGAAAAAAUUUACUGAGCGACAAGGACCCAGUGUCAGAGGAAUUGUUCUGGUUACGAGUGGAGGGACCACAGUGCCAUUGGAGCAUAACACAGUUAGAUUUGUUGAUAACUUUAGUGCUGGUACCAGAGGUUCUGUAUCUGCAGAGUAUUUUUUGGAACGCGGAUAUGCUGUUAUAUUUAUGUUUAGACAUAAAACUCUUGAACCGUAUUCAAGACACUUUACUGGACAAAAGUUUUUGGAAAUGCUGGAGACGAAUGAAAUAAAUGGGAAAAAUGUAGUAACAGUAUUGCCAGAACAUUCCGAGCGUAUUUCCGAGGUGCUAAAAAAAUAUAAACAAGCAUUGGAACAAGAAAAAUUAUUAGAAAUAACAUUUACAACUGUCGGUGAAUAUUUAUGGCUACUGAGAGCAGCUUGCCAGGCACUUGCUCCACUAGGACCCCGGGCUAUUUUGUAUUUAGCUGCUGCAGUAUCUGACUUUUAUAUUCCGCCCAAUGAAAUGUCAGUUCAUAAAAUUCCAUCAAGUGGACCGCCAAAUAUUUCACUGCAAUUAGUCCCUAAAAUAUUGAAGCCGCUGGUGAGCCUGUGGGUGCCCAGAGCUUUUGUGGUUUCUUUCAAACUGGAGACAGAUGAAAAUUUGUUGAUAUCCAAAGCUCGUGAUGCUUUGAAUAAAUACAACCACAAUUUGGUGAUAGCGAACAUGUUGCACACACGCAAGAAUAAAGUGGUGAUGGUCACCAAAGAAAAAAGUUAUGAAAUUACGCUUAGUAAUGAGCAAAUUGAAAAAGGCGAAGAAAUUGAAAAAUAUAUAAUAGAUGAUCUUAUUAUUAUUUACACCCGAUUUUUAGAAGCUCAUUAAAAAUAUAUGGAAUUUAUACGGUGAAGGAUUUUAUUUUUAAUAUUUUGCAUUCAAAAAAAAUUAAGUCUGUAAAUAUUUGUCUGCAUUUAAAUCUAUAUAUACAUAUAUACGAAAAAUACAACGUAUGUAUAACGUUUAUUUCUUUGCGCGUAAAUAUAUUUCCAUCAAUAUAUUUACAUAUUUAUAUAUGCAUUUAUUUGCCAUAUGUAUAUGUAUAUAUUUU